AUGCUCACGUCACUAUCCAGGUUUGUGGCCAAAUCCGCCCAACAUGCCCUUCCCUUGUUUAAACUCUUGCGCAAGGAAACCGCCUUAGAAUGGAUGGAAGAGUGUGAGCGCGCCCUCUCCCAUCUCAAGCAAGCCCUCUCCAUCCCACAGGUCUUAUCCCGGCCUGAGGCCGGAGAAAUCCUAUACCUCUAUCUCGCCGUAUCCACCGAGGCCGUCAGCGCGACCUUAAUACGAGAUACGCCGGAAGGCCAGAAACCCAUUUACUUCACAAGCAAAGCACUCCAAGGCCCCGAGGUCAGAUACCAACAAAUCGAAAAGGUUGGAAUCACAUUAAUAACCGUGGCCCGGAGACUCAGGCACUAUUUCCUAGCCCAUACCAUAGUCGUACGAACCGAGCAACCCGUGAAACAAUUGCUUGCACGCCCCGAUAUGGCCGGAAGGAUGCUCCGUUGGUCAUUAGAGCUUGCAGAGUUCGACAUCAAGUACGAAGGAAGAAAAGCCCUUAAGGCACAGGUCUUGGCAGAUUUCGUGGCCGAAAUGGCCUUCCCCAAAACAACAAACAACAACGCCCGGAGAUGGACCUUAUACGUGGACGGGGCGUCAAGCUCAAUUGGAAGCGGAGCAGGGAUCAUUCUAGAAAACGGGGAAGGAACCCUCAUAGAAGUAUCCCUCUCACUCUCAUUCCCAACGUCCAACAACCAAGCCGAGUAUGAGGCCCUUAUUGCCGGACUGCGCCUCGCAAACGACUUAGAUGCCGAGGAAAUUGAGGUAUUCACCGACUCUCAACUGGUCGCAUCCCAUAUCUCAGGUGAAUAUCAGGUCAAAAGCGAAGCCCUCACCAAAUAUCUGGCCCUCGUACGAGAAAGACUAACCCGAUUCAGGAGCGCCAAAGUAAAACACAUCCCAAGGGAACACAACUCCCGGGAAGACGUCGUAUCGAAACUAGCUAGUACGAGGAAGAAAGGGGGCAACAAAUCCGUAAUCCAGGAAAUAUUGCCAAAACCCAGUACUGAAUCUCCAUCUGUGCUAACACUCGUAAAUGCGAUAGGGGAUGCGUCCUGCUGGAUGACGCCCGUAAAUAAUUACCUAACUAGCGACCUCCUGCCCGCCGAUCCCAAAGAGGCCUCCGUAAUCCGAAGGAGAGCCUGCUCGUACGUCUUGGUCGAAAAUCGCCUCUACCUACGAGGAUUUUCCAUACCCCUCCUCAAAUGCAUAGACGAGGGCACGGUUCCCCACAUACUCCGAGAGAUACACGAAGGAAUCAACUCGCAACACUUAGGAGGGAGAUCUCUCGCCCGGAAAGCCCUCCGACCCGGAUACUAUUGGCCCACGAUGCAAGACGACGCCAAGGAAUACGUAAAGAAAUGCGACAAGUGCCAGCGAUUUGGGGACAUGCACCUUGCACCCCCCAACGAACUCAAGUCCUUGUCAUCUCCAUGGCCGUUCGCGUGGUGGGGCAUGGAUCUCCUCGGCCCGUUCGUAACCGGGAGCAAUCAAAACAAGUAUCUAAUAGUCGCGGUCGACUAUUUCACUAAGUGGAUCGAGGCCGAACCAUUAGCCAAAAUCACAUCCCUAAACGUACUUUGCUUCUACAAAAGAAACAUCCUCGCCCUGUUCGAGGUACCCUCGGCCAUCAUCACCGACAACGACACCCAGUUCACCGACGGGCGCUUUCAAUAA